AUGGCGGACGAUCUGACGCAGUUUCUUGCAAAAAAAGCUGCUAAAUCACGAGAAAAGAAAAAAAAGCUAAAAGUUGAAGACGUUGGAAAUGUUCUUGAUCGAAAAGCUAAAAAGCAGGAAGAGAACGAUCGUACCAACGAAGAAGAGGAACGUCGCAUUCAAAAUGAUGAAGCGUUUUUUGAAAAACGACUAGAAGAUUCAGAAUGGCUGGACUUCCGAGACACGAAUAAGGAAAUAAGUUUGGAAGAAUUAGGAAUAAGAGAUAUGAACUUAACGGAACAAGUGGAAGAAGCAUUGGAAGAGGAAAAAACGAUCGCAGCUGAAGCACCAAAAACAUGGAAUACUUCAAUGGAGCCUAAAGAAUCAAAUGAAAUUCCUUUAAUUUUGCCGCAAAAACCAGCAAUAUAUAGACCAAAGCAUAUACAGCUUGCAACAGCGAAUAGAACAGGACCUGUAAUCAAUAUAAAUGAUCAAGAGAUGUUCCCUACGUUUGAGGCAGCAGAAAAAAUGGAAAAAUUGAGGAAAGAUGACGAUAAGAAAAAGAAAAAUGAUGGUUUCACUAUGGUUACAUCAGAUAGAGAAAGAGAUUCAAAUCCGAUAAGUAAAAGCAGAAAUAAUAUUACUAACAAUGGCGGUCGUCGCGUAGGCAACAGAAUCGAAGGAAGCGAGGCAAUAUUAUCAGCUGUUCGACAAGUUACAUCCACUGGCAAUCCCCAUCCAGUUCCUCAACAAUCACAAGCGCCGAAAAAUCCAAAGGCGUACGUACCACCUAGUUUACGACGUGCAGAAGCAAUGCAAAAAACGCAGUGA